AUGGGUCGGAGGUCCAUUCGUAAUCGUAAAGCUGAUCGGCUCAGUAGCUUGCCUGAUGAAGUUCUUUCUCACAUUCUCUCUUUUCUUCCUCUGAAAGUUGCAGCUGAAACCAGCAUCCUCUCAAAAAGAUGGAGAAACCUUUGGACUACUGUCACUAAUCUUCAUUGUGGUGAUGACCUCUCUGAACUUUUAAACCCUGACAACGAUUUAAAGAAUAGUCUUUUUGGUUAUGCCGGAUUUGUAGAUAGAGUGCUGAUAUCUAACUCGGCACAGAUUCAGAAGUUUAGUCUGUCAUGUUAUUCAAAAUAUGACCCCAAUUGUGUCGCUAUCUUGGUGAGUGAAGCAAUUAGGCGUGAUCUUCGCGAACUUGAACUAUACAUCUACACUGGCUGGAGUAUUGAGUUGCCCAUGUGUCUUUUCACUUGCAAUUCACUCGAGGUUUUACGGCUUCAUGGCAAGAUUGAUAUUCCUGGCAAGAUUGAUAUUCCUGACUCCUUUUGGAUCCCAAAUCUGAAAGUCCUUUGCAUUAACCGUAUACGUGAUGUUUUUCCUCUCAAGUUCAUGCAAAACCUCUUUCGUUGUUGCCCUGGACUUGAGGAUGUAAUUUUGAUCGGAUUUCUACGUUUAGAGCAAUAA